ACCCGCAGUGAGAAAACUCUUGGCCUUGCCACAUUCAAGGUCUUUAAUUAUUACCAAAUAGUAGCCGUUUCGAAGCUUCUGAUUUGCUCUCUGUUGUACUCGUAGACAUUUUAAAAGCCUCUUGUCCGCAGUGAGCACAAGCUGGAAGAAUGUACCGCCCUAUGAUAAUGAAAAAUACCACAAAAGCGGACAGGAAUCGCAAUAAGCCCUGCUGCCUGUUGAUGGGCAAAACAGGAGUCGGGAAAACCACACUGGGCAACAUGUUAUGCGGCACCAAGCAUGCCUCCGGUGCAUCGGAAGCUAGUUCGACUCAGCUGCUCUUCCGCAACGAUGCGCGCGUCGGAGGGAAUACGUUUUCUAUCAUCGACUCACCCGGGACGGACAGUCAAACCGACACGUACAAACACGCGUGGCAACUGCGUGCGGGACUGACUGCGGCGGAGCUGAAUACGAUUUUCAUCGUACUAAAAUACGAGUAUCGAUAUAAUAAAAUGGUGGACCAUUACCUGCAAGUGGAGCAACCGGUCGGCACCUUCACCAAUAGAAUCGUUGUUCUCGUUUCGCAUAUGGAUAACGCUGACGAUCACGCCAAGGAGUUUGCCUGGAUCUGCAGGAUACUGACGGAAACCAGCCCAAACAUCGCUAACAUUAUUUUUUUCUCCCAUAAAAGCGAUCCAAGUGCCAUUGCCGACCUAAUGUACGCUUGCAUGUCCCACAUGGCGCCGAAGCGACUAAAGAUAUCGGACGAAGAUUUCCAUGUUAACUUCAACUUGUACGAGAUCCGAAUGGGGAUGCGGCGAUCGUUCGAUCAGUAUAAAAAGCAGGUGCAGGAAAAGUUUAACGCCUACUCGAGACUACGCGACUGCACAGGAAACGAAUCGGACAAAGACAAGGACGAGCUCUUUCACGCCAUGAUUGUCCAGUUCAAGUACGACCUGGAUGAUCUGUACCAGACGUUUGUGGAUAAGCAUCGCCAAGAUAUGAUUGAGAUCGACUCUCACACCCUGUGCGUGGAAAUGCAAAAUUUAGGAACCCAAGUUUGCGAUCAGUUUACCAGUUCGGUCACCCCGCUGAUGACGCACAAUUUGUUCGAUAAAACGAAUCCACGGAAUUUAAUCAAGGCGUGUCCGCAUUGUGGACUGAUUUGGUGGAACACGGAAAACGGCGGUGGAGCCACGGAAUGCGGUAACCGCGUCAGUUCUCUCAUUGACUGGCGAAAGGAUGCUUUAUUCAGAUACGUUCCGUUGCUAAUUGCUGAUUUUCGAGGUCAAGACCAUGGACGAGGUGAAAAGAGCUUUAAGGACUGAAGCAUUUCAGAGAGCAGACGCCAGCUAUCAGCGAUUUGCAAAGUAUCGACAUAUUUAUUCACUGCUGGAAUAGAUAGUCAAAGAUCUUUAGGAAGAUACCGGAAAACUGCGCUUCGCGAAAUUUUCUGGAUUUGUUUUAUAUUUUGGCCAACAAUUUCUUAACUAGAUGCUAAAAAGCUUAAUUUUAUCGUGAUUUCAGGUCGCAAUGAUAACCGGGCAUUGGUGCAUUGCGCUGGGGCCUGUUGCGUACGUUCUAGAUGUACUACUAAUGCUUUUUUCUGCUUGUCGUUUUUUUUUCUGAAAUAUUUUUGAACAAGAAAAUUUUCGGAAGCAUAGGUAACUUGCUAUGCGCCGAAAAAUUCCUGUCG